AUGGCUUUGCGUGUCGAUUACGAAGGAAAUAAUGAAGUUGGCGUCUUCACCAAACUGACGAACAGCUAUUGCUUGGUCGGAAUCGGUGGAACGCAGAAUUUCUACAGUAUUAUCGAGGCCGAGCUCUCCGAUGUGAUCCCCGUCGUCCACACCUCCAUCUCUGGAACACGUAUUGUUGGCAGACUGACGGUCGGAAACAGACACGGAUUGCUAGUGCCAAACUCAACGACCGACCAGGAACUGCAGCAUAUCCGUAACGCUCUCCCCGAACAGAUCAAAAUUCGACGGGUCGACGAGCGAUUGUCAGCGUUGGGAAAUGUUAUCGCCUGCAAUGAUCAUGUCGCCAUCGUCCACGCAGAGAUCAGUGAAGAAACCGAGAAGGCCCUGCACGAGGUUCUGAAGGUUGAAGUUUUCCGAGUAGCGCUGGGUCAGAAUUCGUUGGUUGGAAGCUACUGCGCAUUGUCUUCUCAAGGAUGCCUUGUAGCUGCGCGGACACCCCCAGAGACCCAAAGGGAGUUGGCAGCUCUUCUUCAGAUUCCGGUAGUUGCCGGGACCGUCAACCGUGGUAGUGAGCUGAUUGGAGGCGGCAUGUGUGUGAACGACUGGAUUGCAUUCACAGGACUGGAUACGACUUCAACAGAACUCUCCGUCAUCGAAUCUAUCUUCAAGCUGGACGAUCAAGUACCCGCCGCCAUCAACAACCAACUCAGGGAUACGCUCAUCGAGAGCAUGUUG